AUGUAUUGUAGUCAUCUAAACUUAUUUAUUAAACUUUCACUUUUGUUGGUGUUGUCACUUUUGACUACAUCUACAAACUCACAACAAUUUUUUUAUACACUUGACCCUAAUGCUACCUGUGAGCCUUGGGUUGGACACUCUUUUUGUACUGGAUUAAUUAAAAAUCCAAGUUCUAUAUAUGUUUCAACCAGUAGAUCACAAAGUGUUAUGGUUUCUCAAAUCGAUUUGAUUCAGAGCUAUUAUAAUGCUGCCACUUCACAAUGUUUGGCUGAUGACAGCAACAAUCGAAAGUUUUUUUGUAAUGCUGUCUUUCCAGAGUGUAAACCUCAAGGCUUGCCCAAUAACAAAGUUAUAAAUCUAGGUGUUGGUGUUUGCCAGGCCAACUGUAAGCAUGUCUCUGACUUGUGUAUACCAGCUGGUCUUAAUUUAGAUGAGAUAAAUUGUGAUCUAGUAAACUCCCAGAAUAUCUAUAACUAUCCACCCAACUACAAUCAAUAUGAUCUCAGUUCAUACGGUGGACCGGCCAAUGUUCAAGUGCAAUGCUUGAAUUCCUCCUCGACCGCACAGAAUGGAACAUUAGCACCUAUCAAUGGAACAUGUCCCGAUCCUUUGAUUCAUCAUGUUACUAAAGACCGACAAUCAGAUCUCGAUAAGGGAUACUAUCUUUUGGAGGGAAUCGAUUGUCUGAUGCCAUGUCCAGCGCCAUUCUUUACACAUAGUCAAUGGAGUAACAUGAGAUUAAUGAUUAGUAUUGUUUCACCUAUAUCAUUUUUCUGCAUUUCAAUGAAUUUAAUAACUUAUGUUGGAUUGAAUAGAAAAUUUGAUAGGCAUGCAUUUGGAAUUAUAUUUCUUUCAUUCUCAGUGUUCUUGAUGACUUUGUCAGAUUUGAUAUUUAUUGCAGGUGGAUGGGAUUCUAUUUGUCCAGACCCAGGAAGAUUUGCUCGUCAAUCUGACAGUAGUUGUGCUGCUGCCGGUUUUAUUUUUCAAUAUGGUGUUGUAUCUGCAAUGCUUUGGUGGGCAUCAAUGGCAUUUGAUUUAUGGUUAGUCAUCAGAAAAGUUCAAAAUGUUAAAUCUUAUGUUAGAUAUUAUAUUAGUACUAUCAAUGUAAUUGCAAUCGUUUUGGCAAUUGUACCUAUUUUCGGUAAACAAUAUGGUUAUGCUGUUGGUGGAUUAGGUUGUUGGGUAAUGGAUGAUGCUUGGCAGAAUGGUGUAUUUUGGAUUCCUUUGUGUGUCUGUCUGUUUGUCGGUAUUUCAUUUAUCUUUUUAAUCUGUUUUGAAAUCUAUAAGAUUGUAACAGCAGUCUCAAAAAUCAAUGGCAGAAGUAGUAAAAUGAGAAUUCUGAGAAUGAAUAUAAAACCAUUUAUCAUAGUAUUGUUUAUAUUCUCUCAGUUUAUGUAUUGUUUCAUUUACCAUUUCUAUGUUCAAGAUAAUAUGGAUCGUUACUAUAAUAACAUGGCAGACUAUGUGAAGUGUCUUGUUUCUACCAAAGGUGAUCCAGCGUGUGCAUCUCAUGCCAUUACAGUUCCAUACAAGAGUCAAAUAACAUUCCUCUUCUUCCUACGUAUCUUUGGUAUUGAAAUUCUUUUUUUCUAUGGAUUCACCAAGCGUACCAAAAAGAUAUGGUUACUGUCACCCGUCUUUAAGAACAGAUUUGUCGAACUCAUUAAGAAAUGGGCACCUUCAUUCUUCAGUGUCAGCUCAAUCACCACCAAUAACUCGAAUCUCAACACAACCACCGAUGGAGUCACUCAGCAAAAUACUGUAGCCAACAGCUCCAUUCAACUAUCAGUGUCUGGAUCAAUGAGAACCAGUCAAAUUUCAAUGGUAACUUUAAAUAGUAACAUUGCAAACGACGAAGAGGAAGAUAGAGAGAAUAGCGAUGAAGAUGAAGAUGAUUAA